AUGAAACCGAAUUUUGAAAAAGUUGAUACAUGCUUAAUCUUGCCUCAUGGCCGUAUUCAUUUUGAGCUCCUAUUGUUGGUAUUAAAGAUAUCGAGUUUAUACAACCAAGGAAUAUAUGGCACGAUUAUGGCACUGAAGAAACUCGAACCUAAUAUCAAAUACGUUCGCGUUCUAGUUCAAGAGGACAAAGAUUGCACGUUUCAAGAAUUCAGCUGUUGCUUUCAUGCCAGUCAUCCAAUGUUUAUUUCAAAUGCCCAGCUUAGAAAAAGGAAAGUUGGAGGUUGGAAAGAUGUCAAGGAUGUGAAUAUUCGCUCUGUAUUUUUGUACAGAAAUGAGCACAAAGUCCAGUCAACUAAAGAGUUUAAAGAGCACGUUGUUGUCCAGUAA